UGGGAGGUGAAUCCCUGUGGCAGUGAGGAGAUAAAAUAGGGCAGGGUUGCCAUGAUUGCCAUCACUAAUGGAAGACCGAAGGAUAUCCAGGUGGUGGUCAUGUGGGUCUGGAGCUGGGCUAGACAAGCCGCUCGGGCAUUCCUCUUUGAGAACUGGGUAGUAAACCAGUGCUUGGGCUGCUGUUGCGGUGUUCUUCAGCCUCCUGGCCUGAAGUGCUAAGGUCUGGUGCCAACGAUAUGGCUGAAGUGCUUGGGAGUGGAGCUCUGCAGUUCAGCCCAGUCGGAGUCACAUUGCCUGUAUCUGCAACGCUUGGGCUAUGCUGGUGACCAGUGCUGGUCUCAUUGCUGUUGCCUGAUUUCUCCCUCCCUAUGCCAAGUCUUGUGCCUUUGACCUGCACACAUCUCUUCAUUCGUGACGGGAGAUGUUUGAAUGCUUGGUGGAAAUUGGGAUUGGCGUAGUAGUGCAGCUGCAGGAUAAAAAGUCAGUGUCAAGAAAUCACACGUCCGAAUUGGAAACUACCGUAACACAAUUUGAUAUUCAUGAAACUUGCCUUUGACGUCCAUGCGUUGUCUUCCCUAAGCAAUGAAGGUACUUAGUGAAGUCAACCUCGAUACCAGAGAAAGCUCUUAAAUCCAUAGGCGUUGAGUUGGCGGAGAAAACUCUUCAUGCCGGAUGUUUCGCAGAUUUUGGAUGGUCCAGUACUUUUCAUUACCUCCCGUGUGAACAGCUCCUCGUCUAUCACUAGUUACAUUCCCGUCCGGUCCCAUUUCAUAGAUUCUAGAAUUUCUCUCUACAAUGGUCCACAGUUGUUUUGAGAAUGAAAUGUAAUAAAAAUUGUCAUCCACCGGGUUCAUUUUGAGUCUGAGCGGUAUCUUAAGGUUUCUUGGACAUGUUUUUCUGAGCCAGAAUCUGGAAUGCGCUCUCUUCCUCUUUUAGUCCUCGACUCCAGAGUGUAUACCAACCCAGAGUGUAUACCAGUGCAUACCAACCCAGAGUGCAUACCAACACAGUGUGUAUCUGAACACACCAGCACGUGACAAAGGUUGUGAGGUCUCUGCUGGCUGGGUGGAGGGGCACCUGAAGAUAACCCUGACGCAGGUCAAGCUUCGUGAAGACCGUGGAGCCAUGAAAUUGUGCGGUCAGUUCCUCAGCUGUAGGCAAAGGGUACUUAUCUGGGACAACAGCCUUAUUCACAGCACGGAGAUCCACACAGGUCCGGAUUCCACCUGACUUUUUGGUUGUGAUGACCAAGUUUGAAGUCCAGGGGGCAGCAUUGACUGGCUCAAUGAUGCCUGCCUCCAACUGUGACUGGAGAUCCUUUAUGACGUCAUCACGCAGUGCAAAGGGGAUGCGCCACGGGCUGUGUGACUACGGUCACGUCCGGGUUCACUAGGGGCCUGCGAGUAAAAGCUGUGAGGUAGCCCAGUCCAUCAAACAGAGUUGGCUAGUUCUGUUGCCAUGUGCCGGUAACUUGGUGGAUAGCUGACCCGCUAUCAUCUGUGUGAACCCCAAGUCUGUGAAGAGGUCGAGGCCCAAGAGGUUAGCAUCCCGCUUAGCAACGUGAAAUGUAAAUGAUGGCAGAUGCUUGGCGCCGUAGUGCACUGGGACCUGGAGGGUGCCUGCAAUGUCUAUUUUGGAUCUAUCAUACCCGCAGUGGAGGACUGUUAGAGUGGAGCUGGUGGAAGAUAUUCUGCUGGUGCAAGAGAACAUCCACCAUUUUUCAGGAUGGCCAAGGGUGACGCUCGUAAGCCAAAGGGCAAGAUGUCUGCCUAUGCCUACUUUGUUCAAACCUGCCGAGAAGAACAGAAAAAUAAAAAUCCAGAGAUCCCAGUGAACUUUUCAGAGUUUUCCAAGAAGUGCUCUGGAAGAUGGAAGACCAUGUCUCCAAAGGAGAAGUCAAAGUUUGAGGACCAGGCGAAGCAGGACAAAGCUCGCUAUGAUUCGGAAAUGAUGAGCUAUGGUCCUCCUGGGAAGAGGGGCAAGAAGGCGAAGAAGGAUCCUAGUGCUCCAAAGAGACCUCCAUCAGGGUUCUUUGUUUUCUGUGCUGAGCAGCGCCCCAAGAUCAAAGCCCAACACCCAAGCUUUGGCAUUGGAGAUGUGGCCAAGAAGCUUGGAGAGAUGUGGAACAAUUUGACAGACUCCAAUAAGCAGCCAUAUCUUGCCAAAGCCAACAAACUCAAGGAAAAAUACAAAAAGGAUGUGGCAGAUUACAAAGGAGGAAAAGGAAAACCGGGCGGGGCAGGAGCCUCUAAAUCGAAGAAGGCUGAAGACGACGAUGAUGAGGAAGAUGACGAGGAAGAUGACGAGGAAGAUGAGGAUGACUAAUAGAAAAGGGUAUUGUGGUUUGUUAAGACACUGGCCAUUUAGAUGUGAGCACACACAUCUGUAGGUUUCACCUAGUUCACCUGUCCCAGAAGAAAACGAAAUCAAAUUGGUUUUGAAACUGGUUUCUCACUGCAGUUUCUUUCUGGCUGUCAUUUUGAGUCUUUAACACUUUGCUCUCCAGUGUUUUUCCUGAUCCCUUUUGCUUUUUUUUCAGUUGAACAAACCUAUUCACAGUGAUAGCAUAAGGGUUCAUACCCUAUACAAUACUUGUAUGGUGAUGUGUAUGCUACUAUAUGGUUAUUGAAAUAGAUUCAGAUUUUAUUUUUCUAUUUGACAGGGAUCCACAUUUCAUGGAAUUGUACGUUUGUGUUUGAGGGAAUUGUAUGUGUAUCUAGACACAAAAUCCAUAGACUUGAGGUAGAUGUCCAGUCUGACAAUCAGGUAUUCAGGUAACAUUGUCCGUGGCCUAUUAUGCCAACCACCUGUGUGUUUGAGGCAGGACAUUUCACUGUGUUAUGGCUGAAAGGAAUGAUGAUGAAAUGGGUCCUAUGUUUUUUGGUGUUGUUCAUUUGGAUAAGUGGAAUGACAUUUUAGAUGUUAACAUUUCUCCAUCUCUUGACCAAUGGUGACAAUACAUCUGUUGGACAAGGUGGGAGUUUUUCUUUGCACCUGCACAAUUUGUUUUGUAUGCCUCUGAUCUAAAAAUAAAUAAUUACGUUUUUA